AGAGAUAUGGCUAGUAACGGAACCGGUCCGUUCUCCCAGCCGGAGCACUGGGAAAGUAAAACCUAGGUGUCGCUGGACGCUGAAGAUAUACAACCCACCGGUUCUCUCUGGUUAACGGUUUCUUCUUCUUCUUCUUCUUCUUCUUCUUCCUGUUUGCUCGAAAGACAACCUACCCUAAGGAGCACGCUGCUGGAGCAUACGAGCAGUAAUAGACAGCAAAUGCUCGGCCGCUGCCGGCUAUAAGUUAUUGUUUUCGUUACUUUUGUUGCGAGGCUAGCCACCAUGGGAAUACCGUCUUUCUACCGGUGGCUGGUUGAAAGGUACCCGCGCUCGGUGGCCGACGUGGUGGAAGAAACUCCGUUGAUCGAGAGCGACCGUCCCGUUCCCGUCGAUGUCUCCCUCCCUAACCCUAACGGUUACGAGUUCGACAAUCUCUACCUAGACAUGAAUGGAAUAAUCCACCCUUGCUUCCAUCCCGAAGGACUGCCGCCUCCGAGCGAUUACGAUGAAGUCUUCCAGGCGGUGUUUAUGUACAUUGAUAGAGUCUUUAGUAUAGUUCGUCCUCGCCAGCUUCUUUACUUGGCCAUUGAUGGUGUUGCUCCACGUGCCAAGAUGAAUCAACAACGGUCCAGGAGGUUUAAGACUGCUAAGGAAGUGGAAGAUGAAGCCUCUCUCAAGGCUGAGAGUCAUGAAUCAGGGGAAAACGAAUUGCCGGCCGAAAAGCAAUCAAAGAAGUUGGAUUCGAAUGUAAUCACUCCAGGAACUGAGUUUAUGGAAUUAUUGUCUUCAGCCCUCCGUUAUUAUAUUAACUUGCGCAUGAAUGAGGAGGAAGGGUGGAAAGGAAUAAAGGUCAUUCUUUCUGAUGCCAGUGUUCCUGGUGAAGGGGAGCAUAAGAUAAUGUCAUACAUACGCUUGCAAAGAAAUCUCCCUGGCUUCAAUCCAAACACACGGCAUUGUUUGUAUGGUUUGGAUGCAGAUCUAAUCAUGCUUGCCUUGGCCAGUCACGAAAUUCAUUUUUCAGUCCUGAGAGAGGAAGUACGUAAGAUUACCUCUAGAGACAAUGGUACAAAAAGUGGUCAUGACUUGGGAAGUUUUCUGACAAAAUCAGGAAUUUCUCAGCAAUCGCCAGCUUUCUUGGACAAUUUAGCACACUUCAUUUCUGAGAGAAAAUUUCAGUUCCUCCAUGUUUGGAUUCUGAGAGAAUAUCUAAUGUACGAUUUAAGAAUCCCGGACUCAACAUCUGACACAGAUCUGGAGCGUUUGAUUGAUGACUUUGUUUUCAUGUGUUUGCUUGUCGGAAAUGAUUUUCUGCCACACAUACCAUCAUUGGCAAUCUCUGAGGGGGCUAUUGAUUUGCUUUUGAUGCUUUACAAAAAGGAGUUCGUCCGGAUGGGUGGUUACCUGACUGAUUCUUUUAAGAUAAAUUUGAAACGCAUGGAGCACUUCAUCCAGGCUCUGGGAUCUUACGAGAGUGUAAUUUUCAGGAAACGUAUUAAGAUGAAGAAAGCAAGUGAAUGGGGCGGUUCGCAGCGCAGACAUGAUACCAAACACAUGUCGGAGCCGCAGAAUAAGGGUGGUAGUGUAGCCGCUCAAGGAUCAGCUAAUGGCCUUAAAAUUGACCCUGCUGCUGAGGUGGACAAGAUUAAACUUGGAGAAGAUGGUUGGAAAGAGAGAUACUAUGUGCAUAACUUUCAGCUUAACUCGGAAAAUGAAUGUGAGAGGAUUCAGCGACAAGUGGUAGAGAAAUAUAUAGAAGGACUAUCCUGGGUUAUGCACUACUACUACGAAGGGGUAUGCUCCUGGCAAUGGUUUUAUCCUUUUUAUUAUGCACCGUUAGCUUCAGAUUUUCAUGGUUUUGAUAAUCUAGAAAUCAAAUUCACACUUGGGAAACCUUUCAAGCCUUUCGAUCAAUUAAUGGGGGUACUUCCAGCUGCAAGUGCACAUUCUCUUCCUUUGUCCUAUGGGAAAUUGAUGAAGGAUGGCUUAUCACCUAUAGCUGACUUUUAUCCUGCGAAUUUUGAAGUUGAUAUGAAUGGCAAGCGGUUUUCUUGGCAGGGUAUUUGUAAAUUGCCAUUCAUUGAUGAGGCACGGCUUCUUUCGGAAAUUGCCAAACUGGAGCACACAUUAACGGAUGACGAGAAAAGGAGAAACAGCUUGGGUUGGGACAUCUUGUUUGUUCAUAAAUCGAAUCCUCUGGCAAUCGUAAUUGUAUCAUUCUCAGAUAAGAGUUCUCAGUUGGAAUUGCUGGAUGUGAAGGCAGAACUGGAAAUCGACCCAAAAACCAGUGGUGGGAUGAAUGGAUACAUUUGCAUCGACCAAAAUCCUGUCUGGCCUAGGGAAAUUUGUUCACCAAUUGAUUGCUGGCCGGCACUUGCAAAUAUUGGAGUCAUAACUGUCUUCUACAAGUAUCCUCCUUCUCAUCGUCACAUUUCUAACCUACCAGAAGGGGUGAUCUUGCCUGACAAGUCUGUGAGCAAGAAGGAUAUCGUACCUCCACAAGUUUCUCUGUAUGAUGGAGCAUCUUUCCUUCUGUGUUCUAGAAAGUUGAUGCCAAAGUCUGUUUCUGGACCUAAACUAUCUAGUUUCGCACAUCAACUUGUGCUAUUGCACAUUGCGGCUAACACCAAAGGGGACAAGAGGAUCUCAUCGUCUCUUUUCUCUGAAGUCGUAGAGGGUAAAAUUGCUUCCCCAGGGAUGAGCAUGGUGAGAGAAGCAUAUAAAAUCAUUGGACAGGGAGCUGAAAUCACUACGGUAACACAAAUUCAAAACAAGAAAAAGAAGAGGAGAUCCAAGGAGGAGAAACAGAAUGAUGUUGCUGGCGGUCACCCUCAAUCUGGCCAAUUAUCUUUGGUAUCUGUUGGUGAAAUCACGACGGUAACACAAAAUCGAAAGAAGAGAAAGAAGAGGAGAUCCAAGGAGGAGAAGCAGAAUGGUAUUGCUGGCGGUUACCCUCAAUCUGGUCACUUAUCUUUGGCGUCUGUUGGGUCACUUGACAGUAGAAGAAGAAUGGGCGCUAGUGUUGGUGAGGUUGAAGGGGAAUUGAGUCCUGAAGUCAACUCUGAACAAGGAGCAAGGAUAUCCCAGCAGCAGUUCAAACAGGACGAGAAUAGUGAUGUUAGUGCUGGUGAGAGUGGUCGGCUGCUGGCCCCUUGCACUCUCAGGGAUGAAUCAGUAGGUAUCAAUGUUGUUGCAGAUGGAGGUCAUGCGAAGGAUGAUCUUGAAUAUCGUGAGCAUGGAAACAUAGAUGAAAUACAUAAUGCAGAGCCGAGCAGCAAGAAAAGGAGAAAGAAGUCCAAGAAAAGGAGGCGUGUUGAAGAAGUCAACAAUGAAGAAACUACUGAGAUAUCGGAUAUCAGUGCCAUGAAAGAAGUAGAAGUAGUAUGCGAUUCUGAGGGUGAAGAAUCUGCAGUUGUUUCACGUGUUGGCAGAUCAGACAGUGGCAGAACCGUCCUGUUAUGGGAAGAAAUAAGUGAUGCUCAUGCUCAUGUGAACAAUAAGGCGGUGGAUGUGAAUGUAACACCAGGGAUCAUCAGCGGCAGGAAAAGGAAGAGAUAUCAUGCACCCGGGCUGAAAUGCCCUGAUGCAGCAGGUAAGGCGGUGAAAGCAGUUGAACCGACAAGUGGCAAAAGAAAGCGGGAACGAUCCAAGGAGAAAACUGUUUGUAGCGAAGAAACUAAUAUUAGCUUUGGGAAAUUAGAGGAGAACAAUGCCAUCAUGAAGGAAGACAAGAAAGAAGCUGCUGUGGAACAACUGCUAGAAAAACGUUCAGCUGAUGAUAUAUCACAGAGUCGCUGCAACGCGUUUACUCUCAACAAAUCAGGAGCUGGCAUCGCGGGGGAGAACCCAAGGGAAAGCGAAGGAGUUCAUGUCGGUGAUGGUGGAGUGAUGGAAGCAGCAGCGGAGAUGACCCCCUACUGAUAGAAAGAGGAAAAGGUCAAAGAAGGGGAUUGUUGAAGUCGGCACCAACAAGAACACCACUUAUAUGUAGGCGAAGGGAGAGCCUUACCUUCAAUCGAAGGGUAUGACGUGGAAUAUCAUGGAAUGCCCUAAAAUUUUGUUCCGGUUAACUGUGUAUGCUUGUUGAAUAGGUAAGUUGAGUUUGGAGGGAAGGGAAGUUCAACCUUCCAAAAGUCUGCACCAAGAUGAUGAGAGAAAAGCAAGGCAUCAACCAAAGCUGAAGGAUACUGUCAAUAGCAUUAGCACAGACAAGCACCAGCCGAAUAGAAGCAGUUACUGCAGCCACGGAUUACCCUCCGAGAAACCUAUUAUCGGGUUAUUAGAGUCUGGUGAAAAGAAAGACCAGCUGUAGUAGGUCGGCUCGCAUGGAUAUUUGCCUGAAGUUUUGUAUUACGCUGAGGUAGGAAUAGAAUCGCGGCGAGUUUUUACCUUUCCUGUUGAGCUUCGUUACAUCACUCUCCGUUUUUGGUAGUCUGGAGAAAUUGUUGUAAGAUCAUGGACUUAAUUCGUUCGUGGCGUUUAUCUUAUAAGUAUCAAAACACUUGUUGCAUCAUCUAUUCAUCACCAUUUCGAAAAAGGAAAUCUCCCUUGGUUUCCUUUCAUUUCCCCCAUCUGGAGAGGAUGAGCAAGCCGACUACUGUCCCGCUGGCCGAGGCCACGAUGGAGGCCACAAGAGCAAACGCAUAGACAAGGCUGGGGAACUUGAAGUAGCUCUGUAUCCUCUUCAAUCCUCUAUCGAUCAGUGGCGCCAGCGCUGCAGCUCCAGCGACCCGGAACGGCCUCGUCACAUUGUUUCCUGUCCACAUCAAGAUCACAAUCCCAAGGAGGGCCUGAAGAUUGGCGGCAGGGUUCUUGCCGGUGCUCUUCUCGUACCCGAGGAACGCCAGCACGAAGAAAGUCGUGUACGUCACUCCGUCGAACAGCCCGUACGCCAGUACAGCUGCUAGCCCGAGCUUGGCAAGCUUCGAGCUCAUUUCUGCGGAAUUCGCCUGGCGCCAAUUUGCUCCAGAGCCCUUUGUCUUCUUCAAGCUCGACCUCACUAGAAGGCUGUUGGGAAAUGGAAAGAUCGUCGGCUGAUCCUGCUCCCGGGUUGAGCGUACAUUGGACGGGCGAUGGCACUGAUUUGGAGCGGAAGUGAAGAUGGCUCCCGCUGGCGGAAUCGAUGAGGCGUUUGCUGCUGUUGAGGAACAUUACUACAGGCGGCGGCGGGAGCUGAAGGCGGCUUGAAUGUGGUAGGUUAAUGGAAAUGCUCACGCUUCUCCACAUCUUCUUCCUCUUGUUCUCUUUGUUUCCCUGCGCGGGCGGGAUAAGGACAGAGUACAAGGCAACUCGGGCCAGCAACACCGCGG